GUCAAGUUGAAAAGCAAUACAUCUCUUACUUGGUAUAACCCUACAAACCACCUAGACGCUUCAUUCCUAGACCCUUUUGGUAACGAAACCAGGUAUCGGCCACGGAAAAAUCGAUUAGUACCUCGUACAAAGCCGCAAAAGCCGUGUUUUGUUUUGUGGCAUUCUAGCCAUCUGUCUUCCCGGGUCCCUUCAGGUGGGGCUUGGUUGGGGUAGACCCCUUGGCACCCAAAACACAUUAAUUGUGCCGCCCGUGCACAAAUAAAGAAUACUAGAGAUCUGCUCGCACUUUUGACACCGCAAAUCAUACAAACUCCACAUUCUGUACAUACAGGAUUGGCAUCCUCUAUCCUCAUAUCUUGAGACUUUCGACUUUCCUAAGACUGACCUUAGGAGGUACUCGUUGACCAUUGAUCACGAGCAACAGCCUUCUGCUGGGUUUCGGGGCCACCUGCCAUCAAAUCUCAGUUGGUGCUGUGCCGCAUAUACAUCCAACUAGCCAACAUCACUUCUCCAGCGCGUCUCCUCUCCGUCUCUCUACUUGAUACCCAUCACAUUGCUCCCAAAAUGUUCACCACUUUCGUGAGCAUGCCUUCCACUACGCCCAGUACUUCUGCAUCCCCAGAGCCUCCUCCACGGCCCCGUCCACGUCAAAAACGAAGUCAAGUGGCCAAAGCGUGCGAUUGGUGUCGAGUUCAUCGGAUAAAAUGCGACAAUGAUCAUCCGUGUAACAACUGCAAAACCCGGGGCGGCAACUGCAGCAAUAGUGGUGCUCUGAAGUCGGCAACACUUCCACAUGCAUAUCGUGAGAUUGAACGCCUUAAGCAAAAAGUUCAGGAACUUGAGAAAGAACUCGAAAAAGAGCGCUCAAGCGAUAGCAAACAAAAUAUGCAAAUGCUUCCUCCACAUGGAAUUCCUUCACCGCCCAACAGUAUAGGGAGUUCUCGAUCCGGACAUGACACUGGCUUGAGCGGUAUGAGUGGCUUGGCUGUCAUGAGCGGCCUUGAAUUCGACGCAAACUCUAUCAAGAGAGAAUGGGAAGGCAUUCACAUUAGCACCGCGCGUUCCCCACAAAAGACGUGGUAUGGCUCAGCAUCGCUGUACUAUUUCAUCGGGCGCCUCAACACUUUCUUGACCGCUUCACUACAUCAAAAACAUUCUGCUCAUGCCAUGUUACCGAACUCGGCGAGUAAGGUACUCGAUGGGCCGACUACUGCAGAUACAUCAGACAACAAGAAUGGGAUGAUGGUCCCUAUAGAAGACCCCCUCAAUGUCGGUGACUAUCUUUCACCAACACAAGAAGAGUACUUUCUUGGACUCUUUUGGCAAUCAUACUAUACCUCAAAUCCCAUUAUCGAUGAACAAGAAUUCAAAGAGCAUUACCAGUCGUUAUGGAUGAAUUCAGACAAAGAGAGAAAACCUUCCGCGCUGGUCGAUAUUAUCCUGGCAAUGUGCAUGCAAUAUGGCAUGUCUUUUCUGCCCAAUGUAACACGUGCACAUAAUCCCGGCUCGAGAGCUAAUGUGAACGUCAAUGACGCAACGAUCGCUGGCAGAUGGCAUUACCGACGUUGUCAAUCUCUACUAGCGGCCGAUCUAGAAGCACCCACAAUAGCUACUCUCCAAUGUCAUAUUCUCUGCUCCAUAUACCUCUGCUGUGGAUCAUUUCAAAAUAUGGCAGAUAGCGCUUGCAGCGCUGCUGUACGAACAGCCUAUAUGCUUGGCUUACAUGUCGAGCCCCCCCAAGAAAUGCCAAGAAAGGAAAGAGAAUUGCGGAAACGCAUGUGGUGGACACUUUACGUUUUGGAGAGUAAAAUGAGCAUGAAACUCGGCCGUCCUUUUUUGGUCCAUGAGUGUAAUACUACAUGCACGCUUCCAACAGAUGACCGCGAUGUUGCUAUUGCCGCAGGGCAAAGCUUUGCACCUCUCGGUGACAACGUUACCUGGUUGACUUGGAAUCUUCACAAUACGAAACUGUUGCUUGUUGCUCGAUCGGCCUACUCUGCUUUCUACGAUACCCCAGUCCCUAAUACAGUCAGCGUAAGAGGAACUAUCUGGGAUGACUUGCAAACUCUCGGUACCUAUGCAGAUAUGCUGGAGCCACACUUAGAGCGGAUGGACGAAUGGCUCAGGGGUGUACCCAUGGCACUCAAGACUGAUCGUCUCAACGGUGGAUCCCCCUUUUCCACAGACCUAUCACACAUCAAUAUUGAGCCAUUUGCACCACUGUGGCUUCAAAGACAACGACUCCUCCUGGAACUUAUGUACCACAACCUUAGCACCAACCUCUGCCGUCCAUUCAUCAUCUUCAAUCCAGGAAGCACACCCACUGCUCUCUCAGAACAAAUCGCACUUAAAUGUGUCGGCCAUGCUAUGCAAUUAACGCACAUCAUGCAUCAUGUAAUCUUGUCGACAUCCAUCCUAGCAGGCUGGCAGGAAUCUUUCCAAUGGCAGUGGAACUGUGCAAUGACUCUGGUCGGUUAUAUAUUCGCAUAUCCUCAAGGCACACAGACUCGAGCAGCAAGAGGUGCUCUCGACCUCGCCAUCGCUGUCUUCGAUAACUUUGGGAACAAUUUCGCCCAAGCUGCCAGCGCUGCUAAUGUCAUGACUGAACUCAGUGCUAAAGUCGAUAUCCGUCUUGCGCAGACUUAUGAGAAGCAAAUGAUGGCGCAGCAGUCGAAAGUCAUGACAAAGCCCGAUGAAGUGCAAUCUGUCAUGAGUGCAGGAGACUCGGGUUAUGAGAGUCUUCUCGAUGACAGCUUCACUGGCAUGCAAGGUGUAGAUUCGUUAUCUUUCGAUAACGAGACGAAUGCAGAAAUACAAGAUAUCCUGGCUCAGUCUAUUGAUAUGACAUUUCCAGCAGAUUCAUAUACAGACUUCGAGAUGUUAUGGGCGAAUAUGGGGACGAUAUUUCCGGAAUAAUAAUGAUGAUGAUGAUGAUCAACAAGAGACAUGGUUUUAAGGCGUACUUUUUCUUUAUGUUUCGUUCCAUUCUAUUACUAUAGUUUUCUCAAAUUCAAUAUCGGGUUGGCAAUGGUAUGGCAAUAUGCACAUCAUGGUAAACGCAUAUGGGCGGUAGCUGUAUUGGGAAACAAUAUCGUGGAGUAGCGAGAUUAUCCUUCGGUAGUUACUUAUGUAUCAGCAAUAAUUGUUCGUAUAGAAUUAAUGCUUUAACCACUUGGAUAUUAUCUAUUUGUCCAGUGCAACAACACGAAUGAACUAUGACA